UCACUCUUUCUUCUCUUCACUUUUCUCUUCCCUUCACUCCCUUGGAUCCUCCUGGUCUUUCUCUUGGCUCUUCCCUUGGUUCUGGUCUUCCCCUCGCUCUGGCUCUUCCCUUGGUCCUGGUCUUGCCUCUGUCGGUCCUGGUCUCAGCCUUUUUCCCGUGGUCCCCUGGCUGCCUACAACCGGUCCUGCUUGGGCUGUCUAGUCUGGCGUUCAACGGUGUUGGUCACAACCGGUCUUCAGGCGAGAUCAGAGGACGGAGAAAUCCUUUCGGUUUUUCGCCAUAGAAAUAUGGUAGUGUCCUUUCGGUUGGAUGCCUUGUCUGCUGGACUCGACUCUCGGCAAUCGACUGUCUGGAAGUUGACUGUCUGGUAUUCGACGCUCGGCAUUCGACGCUCGGCAUUCGACUCUCGGCAUUCGACUCUCAGCGAUCAACUCUCUGGCAUUCGACUCUCGGCAUUCGACUCUCGGCAAUCGACACUCGGCAAUCAGCUCCCAGCUUCAGUGUUCGACUCCCAGCAUCGGAGUAUCCAGUAAGCAGCUCCUCCAGCAUUCGACAACAGCAGCAAAUUUUUCUUUUUUUGGGUGUUUCGAGAGUCAAUUC